ACCCGGAAGUGUGGGCGUGGGCUGUGGUUUCACCCGCGGCUGUGGCGGCGCGGCUGCGGCCCCGGCAGGUCCAGGGAACCCCAGCCUCCUAUCCCGGAGUCCAUACCCCACUGGUUCACCCACGAUGCUGCCGCCCGACUCCCAGGGAGCGAUGGAGACGCUGAAAGACAAGACGCUGCAGGAGCUGGAGGAGAUGCAGAACGACCCGGAGGCCAUCGGCCGGCUGGCCCAGGAGGCCCCUGAGGUCCAGGACCUGCAGCUGGAGCGGGAGAUGGCGCUGGCCACCAACCGCAGCCUGGCCGAGCGGAACCUGGAGUUCCAAGGGCCCCUGGAGAUCAGCCGCUCGAACCUCUCGGACAAGUACCAGGAGCUGCGGAAGCUCGUGGAGCGGUGCCAGGAGCAGAAGGCCAAGCUGGAAAAAUUCUCAGGGGCGCUGCAGCCGGGCGCCUUGUUAGACCUGCUGCAGAUCGAAGGCAUGAAGAUAGAAGAGGAGUCUGAGGCCAUGGCGGAGAAGUUCCUGGAGGGCGAGGUGCCCUUGGAGACGUUCCUGGAGGACUUCUCGGCCAUGAGGAGGCUGUCGCACCUGCGCCGGGUUCGCGUGGAGAAGCUCCAGGACGUGAUGAGGAAGCCCAGGGCUUCCCAGGAGCCCGCGGGCGCCGGCACCCCUCCUCUCCGCCCGCCUCCCCCAUCCCGCCCGGCCCCCCAGGCGACCCCCCCUGCGGCCGAGGAGCAGCCACCCCCGGCCCCGCAGGCGGCAGGGGUGCCUCCCUACCCUCUGCCCUACAGCCCGUCUCCCGGCUUGGCCAUGGGCCCCACCGCCCAGGGCGCGCUGCCGCCGGCGCCCUUCCCCGUGAUGUCCCAGCCCUCCUUCUCCUACAGCGGGCCUCUGGGCCCCCCUUUCCCGUCAGCCCAGCCGGGGCCCCGGGCUGCUGGGGGCUACUCUUGGUCCCCACAGCGGAGCACACCGCCCCGGCCUGGCUAUCCUGCUGGCGCCUCUGGCCCCGGCUACCCCAUGGCGGGGGGCCGGGCGCGCAGUCCUGGCUAUCCUCAACAGCCCUCCUACCCCGUGGCCGGAGGAAAGCCUCCUUACCCGACGCAGCCCCAGUUCCCCAGCUUCCCGGGCCAGCCCCAGCCCACAGGCCCCCCUCAGCCUCCCUACCCCCAAGGGCCGGCCCCUCCCUACGGGUUCCCGCCACCUCAGGGUCCUGCCUGGCCUGGGUAUUAGGACCCUGGCCUCGCCCUCCCCUCCUUCCGCCUGAACCACACUUUGGCCCCCGCUCUGCUGAGAUUCGAGGUUAGACUGAAGUGGGGUUGGCUCUCCCCCUGGACUUGGGGGCCUGCAGACCCCGGAAAGGCAGAGCGGUCACAGCGCUGCCUGGCUUCUGUCCGGUGCUGCCAGGAGGGGGGUCCAGCGCCUCCCCGUGGCGUCUGCAGGAGCCGCUGUGCCCCCGUGACUGCUGUGCCUGCCUCCGCUCUCCCAACAGUGCGGACGGCUCCGGGGCGGCUGGUCUCGGCCCCUGCUCACCCCGCCCCGGGUUUGGCAUCUUCCGUGUGGUGCCCACCCCAAGGGGUGUAGCUCUUUGUCUCUGGUCCAUUCGAGGAUGGCCCCCCCACACACCAUGGUCAGGGUUGGUCCCGGGGAGAACGUUAGGAAAAACCCUUCCGAUUUUUAAGUCAAAAAGCCAUAACUGAUGGGCUGGUGUCGGAGAAACUCGUGCUGUGUGCUGAGUGACAGCAGCCGAGCCAGGCGGACCGUGAAGGCGGCCCAGACCUUGCCUGCACUGGCCGGGAAGUCCGGGGGGUGGGGGGGGGGGCCUUGGGCCCUCUGGCUGGACGGGAGGGAGGAGCUCCUGGCCCCCUGGGGGCUCAUUUAGGAGUGGGGCCAGGUCGCCUCCCCAGCCACCCUCUCCCGGUUGACCUUCCCCAAGGCCCACCCAGCUGUCCGCCCGUCAGUGCCUUGAGUCCGAGUCUCGGUUGGAAGCAGCCCCGCCCUCAUCCCCGCCCUCGCUCCCUGGAUGGAAUCCCCGCCACACCCCCCUCCCGAGACCGACGCCCUGACAGUGCCUCCCAGUGGUGCGAGGACACCGGUGCCAUGUCGGAGUCGGGUCUGCAUGUCUCUCGUCCUCAGAACAUAGAGCCACACGCAGCCCCCAGCACAGCACAUGGGGCAGCACGCUCGGUCAUGAAACGACCACAGACGGCGGGGUGAGCACAGCGCAGGCGUGGUGGGCCGGAGUGAGCCAGGCCUGCGGCAGACCCGGAGCUGCUGGGGGGGGGGGGGUCCUAUGUGCCUUGAAAUGUCCACUGCCCGCACCCGGCGGCGGGGGCCUCGGGGAAACGACCUCCUGGCGCCGGCGCUCGCAGCCCGCGGGCAGCGGUGGGGGCGGCAGGAGCCGCUGCUCCACGUGGCCCUCGCCAGGCGCGCCCGCGUCUCUAAGUUAUUUGUGAAGAGGAAUCGCUAAUGGACUCUGCCGGUCCGGCGCGUGGACCUGGACGACGGCCGCGUGUGUGUUGUCUGAAUGAUUGCCAAUAAACUGAGGAGCUCGUGCAGCCUGUGGCUCUG